AUGUCUAGGACUAAAAGACCCUUGGGUAUAGGCAAAGCUUCAAAACAAAAAAAAAAGAUAAAAAUCCAAGACCCUGAAUCAACUUUGCCCAAAACUAAUCAACUUGAUAAAAAUAUUAACAAUGACGAAAAUGAAAAUUUUGAAAAAAUUGAAAUCGAAAACAUUGACUCCAAUAAUGAUCAAAACCAAUCUUCUCCUAACAAUUUAACUAUUGAAUUAUCCGAAUCUGUCGAUCCAAAUGAUGAAAUCGCUCAAUUGAUUGCAUUAUGGAAAACUUACAAAUAUAACAAUGAUUCAGAUAAUCAAUUGAUUCUUAAUGGUAUUGUCCACGAGUGUGACAGAUUAUUAAGAGAAUCGGAUUUAAACAAGGAAACAAAAAAAAAAAAAAAGGCUUUAAAUUCAAAAUUUCAUACAAUAUAUUCUCUAGCUUUGUAUCUUCCUGUAUUUGAAAACAAUAAAAUUGUUGCUCAAUUUCUCAACGCUUCAUUAGAAAGAGUCAAUUUAGGAUUAAAUUACUAUACCAAAUCAAUUGAUUUAACACUAGCUAGAAUUGAGAUCACUUUAAAUAAGAUUCCUUUACAAUACAUUUCAAAUUUAGAUUUAUCGUCAAGAAAAUAUAAUAGAGAUAAAAAUAGCCAAAAGAUAAUUAAGAUUCCAAAUUUCAAAAAAAUUAUCGAGAAUUUAAUUCAAGAUUAUGAAUAUUGUGAAAAUUCUAUAAUCGAAGAUGACGAAUAUUUGAAAAAUUAUUAUAACCUGGACCAUUUUAACAUAUUAAAUUCAUUUGAUGAUUUAUUAGAUAUUAUAGAAAAUUUUGGUAUAGACCAUUUAACUGAAGGAUUAGACAGCGAUAUUGAAGAUGAAAAUGAGAAGGAAAUUAAACAAAAAGUCAAAUUAUCUAAAAAGCAUCCAUUAUAUCAAACCAGAGAGUCAAUCGAUAAGUAUUAUGAUUGGUUAAAUAAACGUAUAUUAAUUUUUGCACAGAAUUUACUUAAAAAAGUUAAGUUGUUAAAUUAUAAAUCAAUUAUUGAGAUAGAAGAAAUGAAUUGUUUAUUAUUAUAUAAAAAAGUUAACCAUAAAAUUGGAGAAAAAUAUUUAAUUAAAGCUGAAGGACCAAGUAAUAUAUACACAUCAGUAGUUUAUUCUGAGGAUGGUGAAGAGGAAUCCGAGUUAUCUGAGAUUAAUAAAUUAAAGGAAUUGCAAAAAGAAGGGAUUAAAAAUUACAAAAAAGCAAUAAAACAUUUCAAGAAAGCAGAGGAUGAAGAAGAUACACAAAGCUGGGUUGAUAUAGCUGAAGCUGAGAUUUCAUUGGGAAAUUUGUAUGAUUUAAAAAGUAAAGAGCAAGAAAAAUUUUAUAAGCGAGCUGAAGAUAUAUUAAGAAAAGCCAAUAAAGUGAGUCAUGGGAAGUAUGAGCAUAUUUUAAUUGAUUUACUAGGCGAUGAAGAAUGA